CCCAGCUACACACUCAAGUACAGUAAUGAUGUGCGGAAGGUGAUAACAUUGUUAGCUACACAGUAUAAAUAAUACUUUGAACCUCCGCUCCGCUCACUGUCACUCCCAAGUAGAAGAAAAGAAUGUUAUCAGCUUCCGCUUUUGUUCCCACCUCCCACUCCAAUGGUUGUUUUGCAGGGUUCCUAAAUCUUCCUUCUUCUUCUGCUUCUACAUUCCAAUUUUCUAAAAAACAGGGAAGUUGGAUAAGGAAAGCCGGGGACACUGAAAUCACUGCAAAGUUUGAGCUGAAGCCACCGCCAUAUCCGCUGGAUGCUUUGGAGCCAAUUAUGAGCCAGGAAACAUUUGAGUACCAUUGGGGAAAGCACCACCGAGCUUAUGUAGAUAACUUGAACAAGCAAAUUGAAGGAACAGAUCUAGAUGGGAAGUCACUGGAGGAAACCAUAAUUAUGGCAUACAAUAAUGGCGACAUUCUUCCAGCUUUCAACAAUGCAGCACAGGUAUGGAACCAUGAUUUCUUCUGGGAGUCCAUGAAACCUGGUGGUGGUGGAAAACCAUCUGGGGAACUUCUAAAACUGAUUGAAAGAGACUUUGGUUCCUUUGAAAAAUUCGUUGAUCAGUUCAAGCUUGUUGCUUCAACACAAUUUGGUUCAGGAUGGGCAUGGCUUGCAUAUAAAGAAAGCAGGCUUGAUGUUGGAAACGCGGUAAAUCCUCUUGCAACUGAGGAAGAUAAAAAGCUAGUUGUGCUGAAGAGUCCUAAUGCUGUGAACCCCCUUGUUUGGAACCAUCAUCAUCCACUCCUUACCAUUGAUGUAUGGGAGCAUGCUUACUACCUUGACUAUCAGAACCGGCGCCUUGAUUAUAUAUCAGUUUUCAUCGAUAAGCUCGUGUCUUGGGAUGCUGUCAGCUCAAGGCUUGAGAAAGCUAAGGCUGUAAUUGCAGAGAGGGAGAGAGAGGAUGAUAGGAAAAGAAGAGGAGAAGGGAAAUCAACUACCGGCAAAGAAGCUACGCCUACUCCUGAGAUACUAGCAGAUAUUGAUACUAACUAGGAUACAGAAAGCGUGAGUUCGUUCUUUGGUCUAGAGUAGAGAGUUCAAAAUGGCCUAUAUUUUGCAACAGUUAGGUGUGUAUAAGAUUUUGAUGUUACCAGGAAAAAUUUAAAAGUUGUAUUUCCUUUUAUUUAUGCUGCUAACUCAUACAGGUUUAGUGGCUUCAAGCUUCAAAUUUUGCUCUCUAUGGUCAUUAUAUUUAAUGAACGAUUCAAAUUUCAUA